AUGUCCAUAAACCCAGGCUUCUUUCGUGGAAAACUUGAUGGCAAGACGGUUGCAGCCUUCAGUGUUGUUAUAGCACCAGACGGCACUGUUACCAUCCAGGGACAGCUCGUCCCAAGGCCAACCAAGUACCCUUCGCAAGAUGUCCAAGACCGGCGCUCGUUGUCGCAGCCUACAUCGCCUCUAUUUUUCCAGAACCCUAUCGACCCCUCGAUUGCUGCUCUGGGCUUGCACAACCCUCCCAACUCGCCGACUGAUGGCGAAACCAUAUCGCCUCCACAACAAGCAAGCGCUCCGGUCAUCCCUCCGACGCAGGAACAUACUGUACCGUUUGUUGACCACCCUUCUGCACAGACAGGCCAGUGGUAUCUUGAACAGUACAACGCAUACCUGGCCCAGUAUCAAGCCGAACAGCAAAACACGUGGAUGUGGCCUGUUCAACAGAUAUCUGCAGCCGAGGAUGAGCAUUCCUCGAUUCAGUCAAGAGCAUUCGUAGCUGGUCUCUCCUCAUAA